GGUUGUACAAAAAAUAGGACCAGUUAUAUAAGAUUCAGCUUAUCCCUCAAAAUAAACAUUCUCCAGGGUUUCGCAUACGCCGCUUGUUCCGACGAAAUGGGUCAUGACAACGUGUGGAACUCUCAUCCGAAGAAGUACGGUCCUGGCUCACGCACCUGCCGUGUGUGUGGAAACUCCCACGGGCUGAUCAGGAAGUAUGGUCUGAACUGCUGCAGACAGUGUUUCCGCAGCAAUGCCAAGGAGAUUGGAUUCAUCAAGUAUCGUUAAUGAAGCACCAGUUCUUGAUUGAUGCUUGUAAUACGCAAAAAUUAUGGCGUCAAUCAGUUGUCUCUGAAACUGUUUUAGUUUUUUUUUUAAUGUACUUCAAUUUUGUGGGGAGGUAUCGAAUAAUUUGGUGGACCUUUCUAGAUACCUAUGUAAUUUCUCUCAAAAGCUUACUAGAUUCUGACCCGUCUGCACGGGUUGUUUUUAUAACUUUAUAUUGUUCUUAAUAUGAAUGUGUUAUCAUA